CAGGGGGCUUGGCAGCGCGUGAGGCACCCGCGGCCCCUCCCGGACGCUCCGGACUCUCGGCGAGAUCCGGAAGGCGGCUGCGGCGGCGGAGGCCUGCGCCUCGGAGGCGUCUCGGCUCUGCUGGCCCCUGGGACGCGGACCUGCAUCCGGUCGCCGCUGGCGUCGGCGGAGCCGCUUUCCCUCCGCGCCUCGCCUCGGGACGCGGCCCCCGCACUUGCUGGAUUUUUAAAGCCACAUUUACUUGAUAGGAUGAAAAAAUUUAAGAGAAGGCUCUCCCUCACACUUCGAGGAAGCCAGACCAUUGAUGAAUCAUUGUCUGAACUGGCUGAACAAAUGACUAUCGAAGAAAAUAGCAGCAAGGAUAAUGAGCCUAUUGUGAAGAAUGGCAGGCCUCCAACGUCUCACAGUAUGCAUUCCUUCCUCCACCAGUACACAGGGUCUUUCAAGAAGCCCCCAUUGCGGAGACCACACAGUGUUAUUGGAGGAAGCCUUGGCUCCUUCAUGGCAAUGCCCAGAAAUGGAAGCAGAUUAGAUAUUGUUCACGAAAAUCUUAAAAUGGGAUCAGAUGGUGAGAGUGACCAAGCUUCUGGGACAUCAUCUGAUGAAGUCCAGUCACCUACAGGUGUCUGUCUCAGAAAUCGUAUACACAGACGGAUAUCAAUGGAGGAUUUAAAUAAGCGAUUAUCACUGCCUGCAGAUAUCAGAAUACCUGAUGGAUAUCUUGAAAAAUUACAGAUAAACAGUCCACCAUUUGAUCAACCAAUGAGCCGAAGGUCUCGUAGAGCUUCCUUAUCAGAAAUUGGGUUUGGGAAAAUGGAAACCUACAUCAAAUUGGAAAAACUUGGAGAGGGUACGUAUGCAACAGUAUAUAAAGGAAGAAGUAAAUUGACAGAAAAUUUGGUGGCAUUAAAAGAGAUCCGAUUGGAACAUGAAGAAGGUGCACCCUGCACAGCUAUAAGAGAAGUUUCACUGUUGAAGGAUCUAAAACAUGCAAAUAUAGUAACCUUACAUGACAUCGUUCAUACAGAUAAAUCUUUGACUCUGGUCUUUGAGUAUUUGGAUAAAGAUCUAAAACAGUACAUGGAUGACUGUGGAAACAUCAUGAGUAUGCACAAUGUAAAGCUGUUUCUAUACCAAAUUCUACGUGGUUUGGCGUAUUGCCACAGAAGAAAGGUGUUGCAUCGAGACUUGAAACCACAGAACCUGCUCAUUAAUGAAAAAGGAGAAUUAAAGCUAGCAGAUUUUGGACUAGCCAGAGCCAAGUCAGUUCCCACAAAGACCUACUCAAAUGAAGUUGUCACACUGUGGUACCGGCCACCUGAUGUGCUUCUUGGUUCUUCAGAGUACUCAACACAGAUUGACAUGUGGGGUGUUGGUUGCAUUUUCUUUGAAAUGGCUUCUGGAAGACCUCUAUUUCCAGGAUCAACUGUGGAAGAUGAACUGCACUUAAUUUUCCGACUGCUAGGAACUCCAUCUCAGGAAACUUGGCCAAGUGUUUCUUCAAAUGAUGAGUUCAAGAACUACAGCUUUCCAAAAUAUAAACCACAGCCUCUCAUAAACCAUGCACCAAGGUUAGACUCUGAAGGAAUUGAGUUGAUAACAAAAUUUCUUCAGUAUGAAUCUAAGAAAAGGGUUUCAGCAGAAGAGGCCAUGAAACAUGUGUAUUUUCGAAGUCUGGGACCAAGAAUACACGCUUUGCCAGAAAGCGUAUCUAUAUUCAGUUUGAAAGAGAUUCAGUUGCAAAAGGACCCGGGUUUUCGAAAUUCUUCUUAUCCAGAGACAGGACAUGGGAAGAACAGAAGACAGAGCAUGCUCUUUUAAGUCUGAUAACUUGGUUUCAAGCCCAGCCCCCAGCCUUUCUUAUCAAUCAAGGACUCAGAUCUGAAGGCAAUUAUUUCUUUUGGUGGACUUGGAAUCUCCGUUUGUCUGCACUGUCCUCUUCACAGUGGAGUCUUUUUAUUUCAGACCUACAGAUUGUUUUAUAUUUGUUGUCACAGUGUGACAAUUUUUUUGUACAGUCGGUUUUAAAGUCUUCUCUGCCAUUAGAGCCAGUAGGUUACAGCUAUUGAUGUAACUGUAGCUGCAAUUUUUGUGCAGGACUGAGAAACACAGUGCAUUAUUUAUUGCGGAAUCAUUGCUGCUAAAUAACUACUGUCUGUUUAUUUAACACAACAGUUGAAUGCCUGAGGAAGUUGCAGUGGCUUUAUUAUGUGUGAACGCUUCUAUUUCUCCUCACAAAUUGUUUUACUGCUGCAUUUUUUGUUUGUUUUUAAAAUUAAACUGCAGUGUUUCCUGGAAUGUAAAUUUAGCUUUGCUUAAUAGUAAAAUAAGUGAGCCAUCUUGAACACUCUUAAGUUCAUUCUUUAUAAUUUCUUAUUGAACAUUGGCAAAUAGAAUAGCUAAAAGCACAUUAUGUUUAGGAAAGCAUGUGAUAUAGAAAUUGAUUCAAGCAAGUGAAUACCUGACAUUUGGGGGAAUCUCACAUUAGACACAAAUAAAUUAAAGCACCAGAAUUAUUUAUUUUUACCUAUUCCUCAUUUCAGAAAUGCCUACUGCAUAUUACUGGAUAUUUGUAUACUAAUACUCUUACCUAUUAUACAUUGUGCUUUAAUUUAGUUAAAACUUAACCAUGUAAGUCCAUUCAAACAUGAAAGGUCUUGGUUUUGUUGGUUGUUUUAAAUACAUUUCUUUUAUUAGAAAGGAUGAUACCAUUGGGGAACAGUUUAUUUCAUUUGGGGCCUGUGUGUGUUUCAAUAGCAUCCACUUAGAAUCAUGUGAAAGCUGUAAUAAUGUCUUUGAAAUGAGCCAUGAUAAAUUACAAAAGAGAGAAAUGAGAACUUAGCUGAUUGCUUUAAAGCACCAUAGGUAUUAACUGUUUACCAGAGAUACUACAUAUUACAGUUUUAAUUGUGCAUCUCUUUGAACAUCUUAAACACACUUUGGUGUUGGUAACAGUGUUUUAAACAUUUGUGUUCACUUUUAAGGACUAUUUGUUUAGUGCAACUUACAAACUAUAAUUCUUAAUUGGUAUAUUUUGAAAUGGUCAUGUAAAUUUUUGCCUUACAUAUGAUGAAAAUAGUCAUAACUUAAUUUUUUUUUCCUGACAUUCACUGUAAAACAUUCAGGGGUCCUACCAUUUCUGUUCAGGAAAUCUUGUAGUUUAUUGUUGUUAUUUAACAGUAUUAAGUGAAUUUUUGUAUAUUUCAUUUUAACUUUAUUUGUGAAUAGUGAUUGUGGCAUGUUUAGGGGUGUUAUUUUAAUAUUUCAUGAUACUGAGAUUUUAAUUUUUUAAGGAAAAAUUUUCUGGAAGAAACAGAUUCAUGUGUAAUGGUGAAUAUUGGACCACUACUGGUUUUCACAUUUGUAAAUUGGUUUUAUGUUAAACCCCGUAGCCUAACAAACUGCUGUUAUUUCUAACUGACAGACAAGUAUUAAUAUUGUACUUUGAAGGUUAUAAAUAUUAUGUGGAAAUGCCUCCGUUUUGUUUUGAAAUUUCUAAUAACAAAAUCUCCAUGUUGUUAAAGUGUGGUUUUGUUGAGUCACAGUUCUUUCUUGGGGAAGAAGUCUGUGCAGAGUGGAAUCAUUUUCUCUUCUGGGUCAUUCUUAAGAUAAUGAACUCUCACUGUGCCAGAAAGGGUAUCUGCUUUAUAUUUGUUCCAACCAUUUGUUUAGUAAUCUCUGCUGUAAUUUUAUAGAAUAG